CUGCGCCUCUGUUAGAUCCGAGGACGCCGACACAGUCCAUCGCCUGAUACUCAGCAUUCGACUCCGCCGGGUCGCUCGCCACCAUCCAACUUGGGGACGUUGUCCCUUGCCAGCCACCGCCGAGGCAUCCUAUUCUAGCAUGUUGCUCGCUACUGUGUUAAGUUGAUGGACGCCCGGGAGUCUGCGUUGUGGACUUGUAGUACGUCGCAGCGGGGGCAGCACACUCAGUCUUCCACCUUCUUCUCAUGUGCUCACCACCAUCCACUGACAUCUCGAUCCCGACGCCUUCCGCGUGGUUGCCAAGCAACACGGUGCAUCGCAUCAUGGUCAGUGAUGAGGCGCCCGACGCCAAGGCUUCCAAAUCCAGCGCAACCCUCGCUGCCGUGUUGAUGGGCGCCGAGGAGUCCGUGUUGUACGUCGCAGUAGAGGCCGGAGCGCGUGGAGUAGUCUGCCUCUACCCAAACAUCGUCCGCGUGAACGCCAAGAAAGGGCACAUAGAGGAGAGAAGAAGAGGAAGGAGCAGAUCCAUGGGCAACUGCAGGAGUUCAUCCCGUGCACUCUUAGGGAAGACCCAUGUUGUUCCGGAUUCAGAAUGGGGGAUUCAGGACUUCGGAAAGACCCAUGUUCCAGUUUUUGAAUGGAGGAUUCAGGACUUCUCGUCACUGCUUAAGACUGGAGCUAAGAGCACAAUAUCUGGUGCUUUUCACUGCUCUGGGUAUAACUGGUUCCUACAAGUGAUUCCAAUGCAUAAAGAAGCUGGUGCUGGAACUCCAUAUGUUGCUCUUCGUCUUAUGCCAUCCCAAUUGAGCUUGGUGCCAGGUCACACGGUUCACGCGGUGUUUGAGUUGUCAAUAUACAACCAUACAAAAGGAAUGUACUGUGGAUGCAAAGCUACCUACAACUUUGAUUUCAAGAAUACCUACUCGAAGGAGCAUUGCUUGAUUCCUCUUCAGGAGCUACUGAAAUCAUCUGCUUUUCUAGUGGAUGAUAGCUGUGUCUUUGCUGUGGAGAUAUUGAAGAUUGAUGUCUCUUCUCCUGAAAAGAAGGCUGUUGUGAUUCAGAAGAAGGCUACCAUAGUUCAGAACCUCUUUGUCCAGAAUAAGGGAUUCGUCAAAGGAACAUACACUUGGACCAUGAACAAUUUCCCUGAAUUGGAUUUGAAGCACUUCGUCCGUUCUCCUACAUUUGAAGUUGGCGGACAAAAAUGGUACAUCGGCAUGUAUCCACGUGGUGACAAGUACAGCACUGAUUGCCUCAGCUUGUACUUACACCUGGAUGCCUCGGAUGAGCACCAACUCGAGUCCAAGAAGGUGGCUGUAAUGACUCUGUCCAUCCUGGACCAAACGAAUGGAAAACACUUCACUAGAACUUCAGGUCUCUGGGUAUGUGGACAAGGAUGGGGAUGGCCUAACUUCCUUGGACUCAAGAAACUCAAGGACCCGUCGGGAGGCUAUGUUGUAGGAUCGAGCUGCGUUGUGAAGGCAGAUCUCACUAUCGUUGGUUCAUCCAAUGAUGGCUAGAUCUUUACCUCAUAGCCUGAUGGAGAGAUAACGCCCUUUCAUCCUACUAAGUAGACUUAUAUAUGAGAUAAUGAUGUGGUAGCAGUACUAAAAACUUGUGGGAUGAUUAGUAGUAAUGAGCCGGAUUUGAGAAGUGAGAUGAUUCACGCAUAUAUUUCUAGGUAUAUGUUUCGAUCGGAAAUAUGUUACUGCUAGUACUUCUGUAUGCAUGGAUGAUGCAACAAUGUUAGUCAGCUUGUCUCGCUAAAUGGAUGGUGUAUUCAGCUGAA